UGACACCUCUGAAACAGGAAUUCAUUGCCCGUUUGAUUUUCCUCCUCAAAAUUCUCAUUUGGGUAUGCUUGACAUUUCAAUUUAUGCUGGGUUAUAGAGCGAAUUCAAUGCUACGAUGAAUACCCAGUCAUUCGGGCAAGGGAGUCCGAAGUCCUUCCAUGCUUACCGAAGAGGGGACUUUGAUUUAGAGUCCGGAACUAUAAGAAAACCCCGAAAGCCGAAAAAUUCGUUAUACGAUUCGUUCAAGAUGCUUAACUCCAUCGGGAAUCGCCUUCAAUACUAUUACAAGCUGCAUCCUUUUCUCGUUUUCUUCGUUUCUCUCUCAUUUGGAGUGACCGUUUUAAUCAUAUUGUCCCUACAUGCGAGCCGGUUCCGGAUGAUGAAUGUUCAAGGGGAAUUUGAUAUGGAUUCGAGUUCAUAUCCAUUUUCCAAACUUCAAAAUCUUGUAAUGGUUGCUGGGCAUUCGGUCUAUACGAGUAGUGGUUGUGGAAAAGUUGAUCAGGAGGAUUCAUGGUUUCUGGAGUCUUACCAGAAGCAUCCCGGCCAAGCUGCUACUUUUUUGGGGCAUAUAAAGGAGGGAGUUGAAACUGCUGCCAAAGAUGAAGGAGCUCUGCUUUUGUUCAGUGGUGGAGAGACUCGGAAAGAUGCAGGUCCCCGCAGUGAGGCUCAGAGUUAUUGGGCUGUUGCCGAAUCCAAAGGCUGGUUUGGAAAGCAAGAUGAUGUUAGAUGGAGGGCACUUACAGAGGAGCAUGCGAGGGACAGCUUUGAGAACCUUCUCUUUAGUGUUUGCCGGUUCCGGGAACUGACUGGUGCAUACCCUUCCAACAUAACUGUUGUAAGUUAUGAUUUCAAGGAGGAAAGAUUUUCACAUCUUCACCGAUCUGCAAUCGGAUUUCCAGAGAAUAGGUUCUUCUAUGCAGGAACCCCGGCUUCGUCCACUUCAAAGGAGGCAGCAAUGAAGGGUGAAGCAUUGGUGAGGUCUCAGUUCCAAGAAGACCCAUAUGGUUGUUCAGGUUCUCUUCACCGCAAGAAACUUGGACGUGAUCCAUUCCACCGGUCAAUUCCUUAUCCUAAUGGAUGUCCUGAGCUGGAAGGAUUGUUCAGAUACUGUGGUGUAUCUCCUUAUCCAGGCUUCCUUCCCUGGGCUUAAUAGAUUUGGCCAUAAUGUUUUCCGUUAUCUUGAUAUGCAAGUCAGAGUGGCGACUCUGAUCCUCAACUUCUGGGCUCGACGAAGUGAACUGUUUCUCCUCCUUUGCAUUUAAGCUGGAGUUGCAUCUCUGACCAACUGUUUUAAGUGACAGAUGCCUGAGUCCCUGGUCCUGCAGUAAUCACUUUCUGUUACUCCACUCCCCUACCUUUGUACCCCCCCUCCUCUCCCUCUCUUUUUGUAAGGAUUUAGAAGGUGAAGUUUGAUCUUGGGCUAUUUGUUCCUAGAAAAGGAGCUUCAAAAAGGAUCCAACCUUGUGAUUAUGUUUAAGCCAAUAAACUCUACAUCAUCUGUGAAACUACAGCAUUUUUGCCA